CUUUUAGUAACUGAGACCGAGUUAAGACCAAGACCCAUCCUCUGGAGUAUAAACAGAACCGAACCGGACUGUUUUCUGACUGUGAGUCAUUGUGUAACAACAUGGGGAUUGUAUUCUGGACGUUUUCUCUCCUGACACUUCCAGUGUUGCAGUCUGCAAAGAUUCUGACUAUCUGCCUUAUUGGAGGAAGCCACUACUUGUUAUUCGAUGAAAUUUCUCAUAACUUACACCAGCAUGGCCAUGAGGUCCGCAUGCUCUUGCAGCUGGGGACCCCUGUUAUCACAGGUUUCUCCUAUGAAGGACGUGCAGACAGUUACCAGAGGAGCACCUGGUCCUUAGGAGAGAAGUACAUCAAAGAAUACAAUUCCUGGUUCUUGGAGCAGCAAACACAGUUUUUACUGGGAAGGGAUAACUUUAAUGACUUUUUAACCUUCAUGGGACACCUGUCAUAUCAGUGUGAUAAGCUGUUAGAGGACAAAGAGAUCAUAACUUUCCUCCAGAGGCAACGCUUUGACAUCACCAUCCUUGACGCUUUUAACCCCUGUUCCUUCAUCCUGGCCCGCAGACUUGGUGUCCAAUAUAUAGCUUUCUAUCCUGGCACGCUGAACGGUCCUCUGUCCAUCGCUCUUCCCAGCCCUAUCUCAUACAUCCCCGUCUUCCACUCCCAGCUGUCCAACCACAUGAACUUCUGGGGUCGUGCGAAGAACCUCCUUUAUUCUUUGCUGGCUCCUGUAGGCCAAGAACGUGUUUGGUCAAAAUUUAGGGAAGUCGCUGAGCACCACCUUGAGUCAGGCUCACCCCCCGGUGGACUGGAGGAGUUACACCGAGGAGCUCAACUUUGGGCUUUCAACACCGACUUUUCACUGGAGUUUCCUCAGCCUCUUAUGCCCUACACUGUGUUGGUUGGAGGUUUACUGAACAAACCAGCGAAACCUCUGGAGCAGGAGCUUGAGUUGUGGAGCUCAGGUUUUGGAGAGGCAGGUUUCAUUGUUGUGACUCUGGGAUCAAUGGUCUCCUCAGUCUCUGUGGACCUUCUGCUUGUGGAGCUGGUGGCAGGCUUCUCCAUGAUUCCGCAGGGGGUCAUUUGGAGGUAUGAUCCCAAGCGAUGGCCACCUGGCCUGGACAAACCUCCCAAUGUCAAGUUAGUAGAUUGGCUGCCUCAAAAUGAUCUGCUGGGCCACAAAAAUGCCCGUCUCUUCAUAACACAUGGUGGACAAAACAGCCUGCUGCAGGCAGUGUAUCAUGGUGUUCCUGUGCUGGGAAUUCCUCUGUUUGGAGACCAGUUUGAUAAUGUGUUAAAAGCCGAAUCAAAAGGGCUUGGCCUCAGCAUCAGCCCCACAGACAUCACCAGGGAACGGCUCCACUCUACUAUUAAAACACUCAUACACGACAUCAGGUUCAAAUCUACAGCACUGUCCAUUAGCAAGAUACACAGAUCCCAUCCUGUCGCUCCAGCCCUCCGACUCAUUCAGUGGGUAGAGCACAUUCUGCACAGCGGAGGUGGAGAUCAUUUACUUCCCACUUCACUGUCACAACCAUGGUACCAGAGAUGCCUGUUGGACGUGAUGCUUCUUCUCUUUCUGGGACUUCUUGUACCUGUAGUUCUCUGCUGGACUUUGUGUAGGAACAAGAGGAGCAGAGACAAACAGAAGAAAUUACAGUAGCAGCUCUAAGUGUUUCCUCACACAAACAUCAGUUUGUCAUAGACUGUAAUAUAGUGUGUGUAAAUACGAUGCAAUCUGUGAAGCGCAUGAAAAGUGUCUCUUCUGAAUUUGACACCCCACAGAAAAAUGUGUUAAUGAUCACCAUUUUUGAAUGAAUAAAAAAGCCACUAAGUGUUUAAAAAUCUUAUUUUAAGUCACAGUAAAUGCAGCUACAUUCUCUGCUCUGAGACGCCGUGGGUGUGUCUGUACUGUGUGCAGUUUUCUAUUUUAACCUGUCCUUGUGUUUAGACCAGCUUAGCAUUAUUUUAGAUAGAUGUCUAAAAAAACACUUCUCAGUCACAAGUUGUUUAUAUAAUGAAUCGCUUGUGUUAUAUUCCUCUUUUGACGUCAACCCCAAAUGUUUUCAGUUUACAGCAACAAGAACGUGAUCUGCUGAUUUCAGGACAUAAAAGGAUUAAGCCACUGACCCCCCCUCCCCUCUGUCACAUCUGUGUUGAAGGUUAGCAGGGAGGAAAAUAUAGAUUAUCAGGGAAAUAAUGACCAAUUAGGCCUUAUUGUUCUCUGCUCAUUCAGCUGUCCAUUCCAUCAUUGCUUUCCUGUGUCCAUUUGUCUGGGAGUUGCCAGUGAGUCUUCCUCUGUUUACACCAGUGCUUCUCAAACUUCUUCAGACCAAGGACCACUUAACCCAUAAGAAAACCCUCACAGACCGCCUAACUCAAAAUAGCCCCAAAACAAUAUGCCAGCUUCAGCAGUUCACAAAUUACAACCUCCUAAAAUGAACUAGUUGAUUUGAUAUUGAAAACAACAUAUGUCACAGGCAGUUUAAAAAAACACUGAAAUUAAAAAACUGAGAUUUUAAUACAUGACAUAUUGCUUGCUUGUCACCUCGUGGACCACUGGGGGUCCGGGACCACACUUUGAGAAAGGCUGGUCUACACCCAAUCCAAAAUAGACAGAGAAAAGAAAUCAAAUCAUGACAGGGUUAAAAACCUGCAUGAAAGACAUGUAUGAUAGAUAGGAUAAACAGAAAAGAAACACAACCAAGAAACAAAAGAUCAAGAAACGUUGAUACAAGAAAUAAUGAUCAGAAAGGCAAUUACAUAACAAUUCCAAACAAUAUUAAUACUACUACUAACAUUUGGUCUACAGAUACAGUGAUAAACUAAAUUAAAUUUAAAAAAAGAAUAUUACAAACAGCAUCAUUAUCUCAGACACAGAUUUUUGAUGCCUGAUAGCAGAAAGAGCACAGGUGCAGAUGAUGACACUAACGAUUACACCUGUGCUUUAACACAAAUAUUACACAACAUUAAUACAUUUUGCUGGUGAUGUUUGAGACAGAUUUUUAAUGCAGGACUUUUACAUUAUUAUUGUUACUUGUUUUUUUGUUUUAUUUGUAUU